UUCUGUUUUGCCACAUUUUGAUUUCUGGUUUGCACAACAAAGGCAGAGAAAGAGAGAGAGAGAAACGAAGUCAAAGCAAUUCGUAUCGUGGAAGAUCUUUAAAAUUCAUUCAUCGCAUGAUCGCAGUAAUACUAAUAGCGGUUCUGGCACGGAUCUGCCUUCCACACUGCCAGUACUGCAGUAGUCUUGGACGUGGUGCUAGUUAUGAAUUGAAAAUCCUCGAUUUCUGAUUGCAAGCGAAAAAUGGACCGUAGCCGCAGUCCGCAUCGGGAAAGGGACUACGGUCGUCGAGACAGGGAUGGAUCAAGAGACGACAGGGAUAGAAAGCGUAGAUAUCGUGACAGUAGAAGCCGGAGUCGGAGCCGCAGUCCGCGUCGCAGAAGGUACCGCAGUAGAAGCAGAAGUAAUGAGCGUGACAGUAGAAGCCCUUUCAGGCGACAUCGAUCCAGUCCUUCUAGAUCAGCGGAUAGACAUAGAUCAGACAGAUCCCGCAGAUCACCUAGUCCUGGCCAAAGAAGUGCUAGUUACGGCAAAUCACACGGUGGGGCGGCGAGUAGUUCACGUUCUGCAAGGUAUCGAUCCUCGUCUGAAGACUCACCAUCAUCUUCUGAUUACUCGAGUGAAGAAUCAAGCAGCCAGUCAUCAUCAUCUUCAUCUGAGGAAGAGGACAAGCGAAAGAAGCACAAGUCCAAGAAAGACAAGAAAAAGAAGAAAAAGAAAGGCAAAUCUAAAGAUGACGAUGGUCCUCUUCGUCUGUCUAGUUUCAUGAACGACAGGAAGAAGAAAAAGAAGAAGAAACACAAGGAUGAGAAGCGUAGUGUGUUAUCCGGCAAGAAGAUUAAGAUGAAGGUCCACAAGACCGAUGAGGAUAAACAGCGCGAUGAGACACGUGGCAAGCUUCUCCAGUUCUUGAACGCAACCGUCUGACAUUGAUUGUGCAUGCUCGCUUCUUUUGAAUGAUAGACCCUCUCCACCUCCCUUGCCGGUUUUCACAGUGUCUCUCGUGAACAAGACUAGAUCAAUCAGUAUUAGAUGAUAAAAAAAACUAAACCUGAAACCAAAUUUCAUGACAAAAAUACGUUGCUCAACAUAAUGGUUGUUCUGACAAUAAAACUUCUUGUAUUCUAUGGAAUCACAGUGACUUGAAAGUA